AUGAUCCAGUUCCUGGAAGCGCCUCUAUCCACUCCGUCCACUCAGCCCAAAAGCCAAAUCUGGAUCUCGUGUCUGUAUCGAUCCAAUACCGCCCACCUUUCAGAGCUAUGGCUCUUGCUUAUCCAGUUCUCUGGCAAAGUCAAGCGCUCCGAAGAGAUGGCUCCUAUUGUUAGGAUCCUGGAAAACCGGCAGAUGGUUAAGGAGUUCAUUGAGUCAGGCGAGCGCCUGAUGGGCAAGCUCCGGGCUCUCCUCAAGAAGUGCGAGUCUCCCAUGCUAAAGGCCAGCAAGAAGAGGGAGGCUGCGCAACUCGGCAAGAACUCUGGCAUCGAGUUUAUUGUUACAAUAUUUGGAGUUGAUCGCGGGAUGGACAAGACGGAGCGUUUCAUGCAAUCAGUGCGCCUUUGGAACCUUCGCUUUGAUGCCGCUUGUGAGGACAUUCUAGAGAGGCCAACCCAGUAG